AUGAGUAGUACUCCUGAAUCGACGAACCAAAGUACCAUUGAGCUAGCCACACUAUAUUUUCCUAUGGGAUUUCAACAAAAAGAAAUCAUACAAUUCCUAAAAGUUUUACAUGGGAAGGUGUUAUCGCCUCGAACUUUGAAGAGGAUGCUGUCCCAUGCAAGAUUAUUUAGACGAAAGAAUUAUACAAAAAUAGAAGAUGUGAAUUUUAUCGAAGGCGAAUCAAGCAAAUCAGGCCAACUUCAUGGUUACAAGUGGAUGCAUUUACGUUGCUUGCAAAAUAAUUUGGUUGUAACACAAUAUGUUAUUAGAGAUAUAUUGAAGCUACUCGAUCCAGAGGGAGUUGAAUUCCGCCGAAAAAAACGAUUACGUCGAAGACAAUAUCGCAGUGAAGGACCCAAUUAUUUAUGGCACGUUGAUUCAUAUGAUAAACUUAAGCCUCAUGACAUCUGCAUAAAUGUUUGCAUAGAUGGAUUUUCCAGACACAUAAUCUGGCUCAAAGCAGGAUUUACUACAAGCGAUCCUAAAGACGAUCUUGAUCAGAUCUCUUUGGAGUGGAAUGUUCACAGAAUUCGGAAAACCAGAAAUGCCAUUGCUCCAGCCGGAAGACCAGCUAUAAUGUAAGAAAUGCCCAGUGUUUAUGGGGCUUAUGAUCACCUUGUCACCAUACCUCCAUUUGCGAUUGAAACUCUUUCAUCUGAGUGCAAAUUCAUCGAAACGCCAUGUGAUAAAGAUUUUCAUGAUCUGUGCUCUAUAGAAAUGGAGGAAAAUGGUUUUACACGCUUCUCUGAUCCAUAUGAAACUGUAGAUUUAUACUUGGAGCUUAAAAAUUGAAUUCAGUUUUUGUUCUCACAAUUCU